AUGGACGCCGCAACCCAACGCGAGCGCCAACGUGCACGCGCGCACCUCCUCUCGCUCCGCCUCAGUCCCCCGUUCACGACCGAGUCCCUCAUACUCCACCUCCAGGCGUUCGAGGAAAUCGUGAACACCGCGUUCCCGCACUGCGUCCGUCCCAAGGAGUCGCAGCCGGCCAAGGAGCAGCCGAAGGGCGGCAAGCCCGACCCCGUCCCCUCCGUGCGCUGGCUCUUCUUCCUCGAGACGCUCCCCGAGAGCAUUGCGCAGGCAGUCACGGACCACACGUAUAGCACCGUGUACGCCGACCUCCGGAUGGCGUAUAUCGCCGUCUGCUGCGCCGUGGACGACCUCGCGGUCGAGCAGCGGUACGGGCCGCAGGCGUACCAUGACAAGAUUGCGGCCCUUCGUCUUGGCGACCCGCUCCUCCUCAUUGACGAGGCCAACUCUGGUCGGAAGACGUGCGCCAAAAGCGUCACGCCCAAGCUCAAGAAGGAGGCCAAGGCCAAGACAAAGGUCAAGAAGCAGCCGCUCGGCGAGUCGACCACGCAUAACCUUCCCGACGCGCCACCUCCAGGCCUCUUCGAGUCACUCGCCGCCCCCAAGAUCAAGCCGGCACCCAUCCCACCGCUCAGCACCAAAGUUGUCCCUGUGGAACGCAUGACCGUCCCUGGUCCUGUCUGGUCGUCACCUGUGCCAGCUACCGCCGGGAACACCAAGGGCAAGACCAAGCCGCCGCGCCAGCCCCGACUGACGGUCCACACCGCCGCAGGCGACCGCCUGGUCCCCAAGCCGUCCCUCUCCCGUGCCAUUGCUGCCAGCUUCAUCCUCGACCCCACCGCGACCGAGCACUUCGUGCAGCGCGACCUCCUCCCUCUCGCGACCAAGGGUGAGCGCGUGCUCUUUGCCUCCAAGAUCCUCGAGGCGCAUAGCACCGUUGUUCGCGCAGCAAGCCUCUUCCUCUCGCCCCUUGGCGAGAUCAACGCAGUUGAGGUUUCGAACGUCUACACGGCCGAGAACAAGCAUGAGACCCGCCUCAACGUGCUCUCCGUGCCGCGACUGCAUGAGAACGGAUGGGUGAUCAACCGCCUCCGCCUGGGCUCGGACACGCUGCACCACCCCGCGUCCGGGGCCGCGUUCAAGAUUGAGCGGCUGAGAGGUGGUGAGGAGGCGGUGCUUGUUACCUCUUGCAAGACCAAAGCCAGGCGCUCUUCUCUCCUGUCCCUCAGGCUGUCGCCACCGUACACUGCCGGCGCGCUCAAGACCCACCUAAGGAUCUUUGAGGACCACGACCAGAUCCUCCGGGAGCUCGUGCCCGACAAGGACCGCCUGCGCAUCAUCAAGGCGCAGCUCUUCCUCGAGUCGUUGUCCAUUGAAAUCUCGGAGGCGCUUACAGAGAACCGCACCUUCCCCGAACCAGUCACGUACCACAAGGUACGCUCUGCGUACGUCCAGCUCAAGCCGCGCGCGGUCCCCAGUCGGCCGCUCGAGUACGGCCCCCAGCCCGUCCAUCAGCGCUUGGCUGCACUGGAGCCCGGACAGAUCCUCUGCGACGUCGACGACCUCUCGACACAGGUCGCUCAUCUCCGUCUCAACGAGACCCCAAAGCGCACCCACAUCAGAUUCCCCGACACUCCAAAGGCCAUCGCACAGCUCGACGCCGACACGAGCUCAGACGAAUCAGACUCGAGCUAUCGCCCCUCCACCAGCGACGAGGAGAGCUCUGACGAAGACGACGAGGAAGGCUACACCUCGGACGAGCACUCGCACCAGGAGCUUGGAGCCUCCUCAGCCCCCUCUGUCGCUGACAACGCGACGCCGUCCGGCACCGACGAGCUCAACGUCUUCGUCCCCGUGCCUGAUGCGCCAGACGCUUCACUUCACCCUCGUUGGAAGGUAUUUGACGCAGUCAUCAACACCGCCCGCACCAAGCUCGAUCACCGUGAUCAACCAAUCUUCGACAGGCGCGUCGACACUGAGCUCGGCAACCUCGCCGCUGCGCUGGCGGCAUGGCAGCCCCACUCCACUCCACCUGUCCCGCUCAGUACAACGACCAAGAAGCACACGUCUCACUAUGACCUGCGCGAGAUCACUCUCGUCAUCGACGAGACGGCGACUCACCAUGUCGUCACGCCCGGCUACCUCAUGGCCAGGCGCAAGGGCCCCAAGGUCACUUUCUCGUCUACAACCUUGGGUGUUGACCCCGUCACACUCAGUUCUAUUGGCAAGCUCUUCAUCUCGGGUGUUCAAGACACCAGUAGCAAGGGAGACCUCGUUGGCAUCGAGAUCAAGAACGUUUAUGUGGGCGGCGCGUCCCGCGUUGGCUCAGAGUUCAACAUCCUGUCCAAGACCCUUCUCGUACAGCAAGGUUGGGUGUUCGAGACAUCAACGACCAGAGAAUUGCUCUUGCACUCCGAGUCAGGCGUCUCGUUCGACAUUAAGAAGAGUGGACUCGUUGGCGGCAAGGAGGGCAUGGACGAGAUUGUGGCAUGCGCGUGGUGGCGCUUGGACGAGUAG